AUGGUUGCUACUCCGAGCGAAUGUAGGUUGAGGGCCCUGUACUCCUUCUUCCCCUCCCUGGCUUCUCGCAUUGGGUUUGCGAUCGAGGUGAUCUCAGCAGUGAUGUCGGGGAUUUCUUGUGUGCUCUAUGUUAUAUCAACAUAUGUCAACUAUAGUGAUUGGACAAGAAGCGUUGACAUCACCUUAAGCACGUUCUUCGGGGUGUAUUGGUCCUUCUAUCUCUAUCUCAGCUCGCAGAAGCUGAAGUACUUGACUAGUCUUCAAUCCUUCGUCGAUAUAGUGACAGUCUUUCCUGUCCUCUUGAUCUCUGCGCUCGGCCAUCAGUGCGAUGAGUCAUUUGGUUUGUUUGCAGUUGCACGAGUGAUGCGGUUCUUCCGGGUGCUUCGUCUGAUCCGUUUGAUCAGAAGCUUUGAGUUGAUAUCUGCCUCUUCCGACGAUGCGAUUCGGCGCCAGACCAUCCGCAUUAUCUCGAUCGUCUUGUGCAUCUUGGUUGUCACCACGGGCAUUGUGCAGUACCUCGCCAACGAGACGGGGGAAAUAUGGACAGGGGUAGCGCAACAGUGUGAGUUCUUCUCAGAAGCAGAAUGCAGCAUAUCCUGCCCGAAUAUGUGCAAGUUGGAUUCUUCAAGAAAGGGAGUCUACUUGUGCGACCUCCCCUUCGGUCAGACUCAGCUCGGUGCUUCCAACUGUCAGACGAGGAUGAUGUUCCACGAUUCUCUCUACUACACCUUGGUCACCUUCUCCACUGUCGGCUAUGGGGAUGUCGUGCCGAUCACAGCCAUGAGCAGGAUACUGAUGCUGGUCAUGAUCGGGCUGACCAUCUACGUCGUUCCAAACCAGUUCAAGAAGCUCCACGAGCUGCGAGAGCUGCAGUCGGAGUUCGACGGCGUGUGGGUGAAGAAGAGCAACCGAGCGCAUGUUGACUUCCAUGCCUUCAUCACCGAGUUCUUCCAUGAGGACCAUGCCUUGAAGACGAUGUUUGCCCCUCAGCUCGUGAUCCUCGUGGACUGCCCUCCCAACAACGAAGUGCGACAGGUCUUGCUCAAGUAUGCCACGAAGAAGAGGCUGCACUACAUCCGAGGAGAUGCAACCUCCUCGUACGAUCUCGCGCGGGUCCAGGUGGACGAAGCGGAAGCUAUCUUCCUCAUGGCCGAUAGGAGCGCAAGGGAUCAGGAUGAACAGGAUCAGCUGACGGCGCUGCGAGCGCUGACGGCCAAACGGUCGAACCCCUCGAUACACAUCUUUGCACAAGUCAUGCAACCUGAGAACUUGGAGCUCCUGAUCAACGCCGGGGUUGACCGUGCGAACAUUAUGUGCAUCAACCAGUUGAGGUUGAGCUUGUUGGGAAUGUCAGUCGCCUGCCCGGGUCUCCCGACAAUGCUGCUCAACAUGAUCCAGUCGAUUUCCUGGCGGCAGUCCCUGACGCUCACGUCUUGGCACGAAGAGUACACUGAAGGGAUGACGAUGGAGCUUUACAACUUCCAGGUCAACAAGGAUUAUGUCGGUUAUCAGUACCAUGACUUCGUCAAGCUUGUGAAGUCCCAAGCGAACGCAUGCGUUGUAGCGAUCGCUUGCGUUGACCUGCUCCUAUCGCACGCAAACAGGAGGAAGAGUCUUGCCCAGCAGCAAAUCAAGAGGACGAGGAAGAAGUCUUUCCUUUCGAACAACGCUGCAGAGGCUGUAUCAACAAUCAUCUUCAACCCUGGAGCCGACUAUCGGAUCAAGCCGGGCGACAUCCUCUUCGCAUUCGCAGAUGAAGCAAGGGCCCUCGACAAGUUCGAGGCUGUUGAGACUCGCAAGGAGGAACUUCGACUCUUCGGGCGGAAGAGCUCGAUGAGGAAGCAGAAAGUGUCUCCUGCUGUGGGAUUGCCGGUCGAGGGAGCAAUCGAGGGUGCGGAGGGGGCGAGAAGAGGGUCCGAGGCUGCAGCUGCGCAGCUUGAGGGCGCGGACGCUCCUCACGAGGAGACGAGCAUGAUGAAGGCAUUGACAAGGACGGACUCAGGGCAAAGGCUGCUGAAGAGAUCCCUCCCCAAGGUCUCAGAGCUGGACCCUGCGAUAGACAAGACUGCCAAGGGUCUGGUUGAGCAGAUGAGGAAAGUCUACCCGAUGGUCAGCAGCGAGCUCCUGAGAAACAUGGAGAUUUUCCUCCUCGAGCAGGUCAACAUCGGCGUGCAGGAUCCGUUCUCAAUGCCUAUCGACCGCUCGCUCUCGACGCACAUCGUGCACGAGGUGGACGCGAGGGUCGAGAACCACGUAAUCGUAGUGACGUCAGACAUGGACGACAUGCAGUACUUGCUCAAACCGCUCUACACCUCCCUGCAGGACUGCCCUAUCGUUGUGUUCCUUACGGAGAAGCUGCCCAGCCCGAGGGAAUGGUACGAGGUGAACCAGUACCACCGAGUCUGGAUCAUAGAGAAACAUGCUAUGUCCGGGUUCUCUUAUGCCGAUCUCCUGCUGAGAGCGGGAAUCUUGCGCGCAAGGGCGGUCCUCUUCUGUGCAGACCUGGAGAAACUCUCCAAGUCGCGUCACCUUGCGGACUCGUCGGUCAUGCAAGGAGUCAUCACGGCGAAUGCGCUGGGGCUGAACCGGGCCAGGACGAUUCUGGUCUCCGAGCUGACCCAGGGAGGUUUCCCGAUGGACGCCAGCAACAUACGGGCGAGCGCAGAAACCCUCUACCACAUGGAUGACUCGACCAUCAUCAUGAGCAGAGAUGAGGUGGAGAAGGAGGCGUUCAACAUCAGGAACGGCUUCCAGCACCUCGACAGCAGCUACGUGGCAGGUUGCACGGUCAUAACGGUCCUGCUGGACCUUGUCAUGUGCCAGCAGUACUUCAACCCUUACAUCAUGUCCAUCCUCAAUGGCAUCCUCCUGGGACGAGGGGCAGAGGACAGCAAGCACGACGCUGCCGUCAAACUCAUCUCGAUCUCUCACCAUGCCGAGAGGACUUUCGGCGAGUUCUUCGACAAGCAUCUUGAGGAGACGGGUGACAUUGUCAUUGGGCUGUACAGAUUAUCGCAGGGUUACUCAAGACAGCUAUAUGUGGUCACCAACCCUCCCUCGGACCUGAAGCUUCGAGCAACUGACUUUGCUUACGUCAUUCCACCAGCUCUCCGGGGCAAUCCUGCCUAUGACGGUAUCAGGAUCAGGGACGACUCCUCUCUUGCGGGCUGCUUGCAGCACUUCUUUAACUGCACUGUCCCAGACAGCACUUGCAAUGUCUGGAUUCAGUGA